AUGGUGGAGCAGCCGGAGUGCACCAUGAUCACCGCAGCCAUGCUCCAGGAGGAAGAGCAGCUGGAGGCGGCGGGGUUGGAGCAGGAGCGUCAGAUGCUGGAGAAGGCUCGCAAGUCUUGGGAUAGAGAGUCAACAGACAUUCGGUACCGAAGACUUCAGCAUUUGCUUGAGAAAAGCAAUAUUUAUUCCAAAUUUUUAUUGACUAAAAUGGAACAGCAACAGUUAGAGGAACAGAAGAAGAAAGAGAAAUUGCAGAGGAAGAAGGAAUCUUUAAAGGUUACUAAGGGUAGAAAUUCAGUUGAUACAAGUGGAGACAAUUCAGUCAUGAGAAAAAAAAGAGGAAGAGAAGAUGAAUCGUACAAUAUUUCAGAAGUUAUGUCUAAAGAGGAAAUUUUGUCUGUGGCUAAAAAAAGCAAAAAGGAGGAUGAGGAUGACUGCUCCUCUGCUACUAAUCUCUGUAUGGAAGAUCUUCAGAAAAAUAACGAUUCAAAUAGUAUAAUUAAAGAUAGAUUGUCUCAAACUGUUAGACAGAAUACUAAAUUCUUUUAUGACCCCGUUCGCAAAUGUAAUGGACAGCCAGUCCCCUUUCAGCAACCGAAGCACUUCACGGGAGGAGUAAUGCGUUGGUACCAAGUAGAAGGCAUGGAAUGGCUUAGGAUGCUUUGGGAAAAUGGUAUAAAUGGCAUUUUAGCUGACGAAAUGGGAUUGGGAAAGACAGUGCAGUGUAUUGCUACAAUUGCAUUGAUGAUUCAGAGAGGAGUACCUGGACCUUUUCUUGUCUGUGGCCCUUUGUCUACACUCCCUAACUGGAUGGCUGAAUUCAAAAGAUUUACACCAGAAAUUACUACUAUGUUAUAUCAUGGAACCCAGAAGGAACGUCAGAAAUUGGUAAAAAAUAUUUACAAACGGAAAGGGACACUGCAGAUUCAUCCUGUGGUGAUCACAUCAUUUGAGAUAGCCAUGAGAGAUCGAAAUGCAUUGCAGCAUUGCUUUUGGAAAUACUUAAUAGUAGAUGAAGGACACAGGAUUAAGAACAUGAAGUGCCGUCUUAUCAGGGAGUUAAAACGAUUCAAUGCUGAUAACAAACUUCUUUUGACUGGUACUCCCUUGCAAAACAAUUUAUCAGAACUUUGGUCAUUGCUAAACUUUUUGUUGCCAGAUGUAUUUGAUGACUUGAAAAGUUUUGAGUCUUGGUUUGAUAUCACUAGUCUUUCUGAAACUGCUGAGGAUAUUAUUGCUAAAGAAAGAGAACAGAACGUAUUGCAUAUGCUGCACCAGAUUCUGACACCUUUCUUACUGAGAAGACUGAAAUCUGAUGUUGCUCUUGAAGUUCCUCCUAAACGAGAAGUAGUAGUUUAUGCACCACUUUCAAAGAAACAAGAAAUCUUUUAUACAGCCAUUGUGAAUCGUACAAUUGCAAACAUGUUUGGAUCUAGUGAGGAACAAACUGUUGAGCUAAGUCCUACUGGCCGACCAAAACGGCGAACAAGAAAAUCAAUAAAUUACAGUGAAGUAGAUGAUUCCGGUAACGAAUUAGAAAAAUUAAUCAGUCAAAUGCAGCCAGAAGUGAACCGAGAAAGAAAUGUUGUGGAAGUGAAUAUCCCUGUAGAAUCUGAAGUUAAUCUGAAGUUGCAGAAUAUAAUGAUGCUGCUUCGUAAAUGCUGUAACCAUCCAUAUUUGAUUGAAUAUCCUAUAGACCCUGUCACUCAAGAGUUUAAGAUUGAUGAAGAAUUGGUAAUAAAUUCUGGGAAAUUCUUAAUUUUGGAUCGGAUGCUGCCAGAACUAAAAAGCAGAGGUCACAAGGUGCUGCUUUUUUCACAAAUGACAAGGAUGUUGGACAUUUUGAUGGAUUACUGCCAUUUUAGAAAUUUCAAGUUUAGCAGGCUUGAUGGAUCCAUGACUUACACAGAGAGAGAAGAAAAUAUGCACAACUUUAACACAGAUCCUGAAGUGUUUAUCUUCUUAGUGAGUACACGAGCUGGUGGUCUGGGCAUUAAUUUGACUGCAGCAGAUACGGUUAUCAUUUAUGAUAGUGAUUGGAACCCCCAGUCUGAUCUUCAGGCUCAGGAUAGAUGUCACCGAAUUGGUCAGACAAAGCCAGUUGUUGUAUACCGUCUUGUUACAGCAAAUACUAUUGAUCAGAAAAUUGUAGAACGAGCAGCUGCUAAAAGAAAGUUGGAGAAGUUGAUCAUCCACAAAAAUCAUUUCAAAGGUGGUAAAUCUGGACUAAAUCAAUCCAAGAAUUUCUUAGAUCCGAAGGAAUUAAUGGAAUUACUAAAAUCUAGAGAUUAUGAAAGGGAAGUAAAAGGAUCAAGAGAAAAGGUCAUUAGUGAUAAAGAUUUAGAAUUGCUAUUAGAUCGAAGUGAUCUCAUUGAUCAAAUGAAUACCUCGGGAUCUAUUAAAGAGAAGAUGGGGAUUUUCAAGAUACUAGAAAAUUCUGAAGAUUCCAGUCCUGAAUGCUUGUUUUAACUUGGGAGUCCCUGCCCCCCCCCCCCCCCCCCCCCAAAUGGCUCUAAGAAGUUCUUGUUUACAUCUAGGUUUCACCUAUAUUGGCUCUGAAAUCCAGAUGGUCUGCAUUAUUCUUUUGAUCACUUAUGUCAGUUUACAUAACUAGUACCAUGGCAUACAUAGUAGGUGGUAAUUUUCUGAGCCUUAUUAAGAACACAGAAGUAUUCAUAUUAAGUUUAGGUUUUCAGCAAAAUUUUGAGACUCGGUAGUACUCGGGUACAGGCUGAUAUGUGCUUAACUGCUGCCAGAUUUAUACAGUCUUCCUGUGGAAGUUGAGUAAGUAUUCCCUUUCUUUUAGCAAUACAGUUCAUGGUUGUUGGUACUUCAGUUAUGGAGUAGGCUUUUUAUGGGGAGAUUUUUAUGGGACUAUGCUUUAUGUUAAAAUAAGAAAUUGUGUGAUUUUAGGGUCUAUUUCUGAAAGAUUAUUUACCAAAUAAAUGUUGAUUCAUUAUAAGAUGA